GACACAAUCCCCCGCUCGAGCUGCGUCCAUUUCGCAUAGCGCGGAAACCCUGUAGUCCCAACAGUUCCGACGGUUGAAGGACCUCCGAGUCGUCGUCUUUCAGCGUUAAUGCACGCCACCGACUGCCGCCAGGUCUACCCUAUGUCCACGCCUCUCGCACCGUACUGACGCCCCCGUCCCGCUACGCCUCUCGAAACCUCUCGUCAAGAGCCUCUCUCGCCUUGCUUAGAGUUCUGCCUGCUCUCGCAACGCCUUCAGAACUCACGCCAGAUCCAAGAUCUCUCGUCCACGCCGAGUAACUAGUCCACAAGUUAUCGUCAAUUCGCCAACACCGCAACCAUGGCUGCCCUCGUCAACGUCCGUCGCGAUGUCAGCGACCCUUUCUAUCGCUACAAGAUGGAGCGCCUCCAGACCAAGAUUGAAGGCAAGGGCAACGGUAUCAAGACCGUCGUCGUCAACCUGAGCAGCGUUGCGCAAUCCCUAGCUCGCCCGGGCUCCUACCUGAUCAAGUACUUCGGCUUCGAGCUUGGCGCCCAGACCAACCUCGACCCCGCCGAUGAUCGCUGGAUCAUCAACGGCGCCCACGAGGCCAGCAAGCUUCAGGAGCUCCUCGACGGCUUCAUCACCAAGUUCGUCCUCUGCAAGAAGUGCAAGAACCCCGAGACCGACGUCCACAUCAAGGACGGUCGCAUCCUGCUCGACUGCAAGGCCUGCGGCCAGCGCUCCGACGUUGACCUGCGCCUGAAGCUCAGCGGCUUCAUGCUCAAGCACGUGCCCAAGAAGACCAAGAAGGACAAGGCGGAGCGCCGUGCUGCCCGCAAGGCCAAGCAGAACGGCAAGACCGAGGAGAACGGUUCCGGAGGCGACGAGAACUCGGACCAGGCUACCCCGCCGGCCGACCACAAGGGUAUCGAGAGCGACGACGACGCCCUGACCCGCAAGAUCAAGAGCGAGGCGCACGUUCUCGAGAACAAGGAGGUCGAGGUCAAGGACGACGAAUGGGCUGUGGACAUGAGCGAAGAGGCCGUCAGGGCCCGCCAGCAGCAACUCCCCGGCGAGUUCAAGCAGAAGCUAGCUCUCAACGGCGACGAGGAGGACGAAGAGGGCGAGGGCGGUGGCAACACCGUCUACGACCAGCUGGGCACCUGGAUCCAGGAGGAGGCCGAGAAGAAGGGCGGCAUUAACAACGUUGAAGACAUCGACAUCUACGUCAAGGCAAAGGAGCUGGGCAUCGAGGCCAAGCACCGCACCAUCCUCGUCUUGGUGCAGACCAUCUUCGACGAGAACAUCACCAGCCAGAUCAGCAAGCGUGCUCCGAUGCUGAAGAAGAUGAUCACGUCUGAGCGUCACGAAAAGGCCCUCCUCGGCGGCACCGAGCGUCUCAUCGGCCAUCUCAGCGGCGAGCACCCGGAAAUGUUCGACAAAGUUGUCAAGAUUCUGCAGCUCUACUACCACCACGACCUCGUUUCCGAGGAGGUCGUCACCAAGUGGGGUUCCAAGGCUUCCAAGAAGUAUGUCGACCUGUCCAUCUCCAAGAAGGUCCGCAAGGCGGCCGAGCCCUUCAUCAGGUGGCUUCAGGAGGCCGAGGAGGAGUCCGAUGAGGAGGAUGACGAGUAAGCCCGGGGCUACAUAUCUCGGUAUCCGAUCCGGUCCGUUUUCGGUAGGGGUUCGUUCCUUGAUGCAUCCAGAUUGCUAUUUUGCAUUUUCGUCUGCUUUGUAGUGAGGAGGUUCGAAGGGGGAUUCAGCAGAAGACUCGCCUCUCUUGAUCAUGGCUUGAAUCUUGAAUCUUGCGGUUGUCCUAGCAAA